AUGAAUACGCUGAAGAGAAUCGGCGAAAGCAUCGUUAGGCCCAUGAACACGCUAGGUCGUUCAAGGCAUACGAAGCCAACUGAAGAACCUUCCGACAAACGGCAGAAAACCGAGGCUGAGCCCGAACGUCCCCUCCACAAGUCGCCGUUCUUUCCACCGACCCCCCAACACAAGAUCCCUUCCUCCGUCUACGCUGGCUCGCAAGAUGACCCGUAUGAUAUCCAAAGUGUUUCAAGUGUCGGGAAGAGCUCGACAGUGGCAGCCACUGUUCAAGAAUUCCGCUCCACCAACACCAAGAGCCUGAGCCAUUCGAAACGAGUCCGAAAAAGUCGACAAAUGAACAAGGAGGAUCACACGACAGCCGAACUCAAAAGCCCGACGAGCCGUUCAGUCUAUUCUGACAGCCCAGAUGUCCUUUCUAUAGCCGAAAUCCCACCGGCGAACGUAGUGUCUGACGUGCUAGGGAGUCAAGCCAAUGGAAAGCGAAGUCGGCCAACUAGAAUCACUGAACCCCCGGUCAAGCGACCCAGGAUAACCGUCGAUCAGGAACCCAUCGAGGUUAUUUCUGAAGACGAGUUACAGGCUCCCCCCAAGAAUACCACUUUGGAUGCGAAGAAAGAAACCAAUUUUACGAAUGUUGACGAGAGGAAGCUUGUGCGAACCACGAAGAAAGGUGACAUCCGAUCCACAAAGUUUCAGUCUCCGAAUUCUUCGGGCAGCAAAUUCCACAAAGAAGAGCCAGCUAUACACCUGAAAAGCGCCGUUUCAGGCAACUUCACGUGGGAAGCCGAGCAAAAUCAAGCACACAAGUUUUUCUCAAGUGGUUCAGGAAAUGAAGGGUCAUUCAAGUUUCAGCUCGGGGAGGAAAAGGACGAGCCGCGAUGGCUUCAGCUGAAUUUCGAGAAAUUGCGCACACUUCGACAUGCUGUACCAACCAGCCGCUUUGUGAUCGUAACAAGAUCCCUUUGCCCAGAUCAACCCUCAAAGAUCUACCUUGAGUUUGAAGAUACUCAAAGUUGCGAACGAUUCAUCCAUCAGUUCCCCAAGAUCCCCAAGAAGGAAAUAGUGAUAGAUGAAGAAGAUCCGUUGAUGCCAGAAAAAGCGUUCAAUCAUGCGCGUAAACUGGCUGAUAAGAAUAAUCCUUCAGCGGUUAAUAGGUCGGCCAUCAAAGCAUCAUCUAGAGACAGACAGCACUUUGUGGUUGAGAUUCCAGCUCAAUCACCAGGACGCCGGUUUUUAGAGGAAGCGAAACCGUUGCAACGAGAGAAACUUACGGACAAACUUGCGCGCUCUGUUAAGGAAUCCAAUAAGACCCCAAAUAGAUCCAGUACAUUCGGCCUUGAAUCUAUCUCACCAGAUGAAACCCUGUCCCCAUCAUACCGGAUAAGAAGGCGCGCAACAAGACAGUCUUCCCCCAUUCUCCCCACAGAACUCUUUGACCGUUGGACCACGAAAAAUCCAAGUUGGAGAGAGACGUGGACCAAGUCUCUUGUGUAUCCCCCUACUGGCAAGAACCGGGCUACAGUAGAUGCUGACGACAUCCCGAGACUGGACGAGGGCGAGUUCCUCAAUGACAACAUCAUCACUUUUUAUCUUCGCCAUCUCCAGAUUAAACUUGAAGCCGAGUCCCCUUCAAUGCUAAAGAAGGUACAUAUUUUCAGUAGCUUCUUUUUCGAGACGCUGAAAUCUGCAAAGAAAUACGAGGGUGUAAAAAGUUGGACGGCUAAGAUUGAUCUAUUCGCGUAUGACUACAUUGUAGUCCCUGUCAACGAACAUGCACAUUGGUACUUGGCCAUUAUUUGCAAUCCUGGAAUGACUUUACCUGUUGAAAAGAGACCCCAAAUAAAUGCUCCGCAAACAGACAGUGAGUUAGGCGAAGACUCGAAAACGGAUUCGACUCAGAUGCCGAGUGUUGAACGUGGUGUUGAAUCUAUCUCGCUUGAAGAUAUUGCACCCCUCCCUCCAACCGUGGAAAUCGCAGAUGAGGCAGCCGACCUCUCAGAACCGGCACCUGCUGUAGGGAAAAAGAAAUCACGGAAGUCAACACCUGGUAUCAGCCAAAAACUUGAUCCCUCUGAGCCCAGAAUCAUCACACUUGACUCUUUGGGGAAAGCGCACUCGCCCACUUGCAGAAUUCUCAAGGAGUAUCUCGGGGAGGAGGCAAAGGACAAAAAGGGCGUGGAACUAAGCGCCAGUCCUCCCGGCAUGACUGGGAAGGGCAUUCCUGAACAAGACAACUUUUGCGAUUGUGGUGUUUUUGUGCUUGGAUACAUGGAGGCCUUUCUACAGGACCCAGAUGAGGCGUAUCGCAAGCUACUUCACAAAGAGCGUGUUGACUGGAACAUCCAACCUUCGAAAUUAAGGAAUCAAAUCAGAGACCUUAUUUUUACGUUGCAAAAACAGCAGCAAGAGCGGAUGGACCGGGACCGAGAAGCGAAACGAAUUGCCUGGCGGGGGAAGAAGGACUCGGUGGCACCAAGUCGAUCAUCUCGACCUACCACUCAGCGUGCUUCGUCUCAAGGCCCUUUGGUUGGACAGCCAGCAUCCGAAAACUCAAAGCUUGUGUCAUCUCCAGGGCUUUCUCCCCCGCUCCUGAUAAACGGUACCUCAAACGGCUCCGUACGGCAACAAAUAGCCUCCUCCCCAGCAAAAAUCGAACGGCUCGAGACAUCAGAAGUCGAGGCCACUCGGCCCCGGCUUGUCAGGCCGCUGCCGGAAAGUUCGAGUGAUGCUCUAAUAGAGAGCUCAAGCCAUCGAUACUCGAGUGCCUCUCCAACCAAAAUCAAGCAACCCAAGUUAUCGGAUCUUGUGAAUCAGGCUCCGCUCAAAUUGGUUAGCCCACUCACAGACAGCUCCACGAAUACUAUGAAGGACAAAAACCAGCCAUCCGUUUCUCCAAAAGCUGCCUCUCACAGCGCCCAACGGAUCCAACAAAAUGGGGAUGUAUGCAAAGCAGAGAGUCAACCCCUCGCCGAGGAGCCUGUUCACAUAUCGGUAGAGGCAAGUGACGGCGAAGAAGCAGGUUCCCCCUCUCAUAAGAGGCAUAGAAAGAGGAAGAAAAGAAAGAAGGCCCACUGCCAUGAGUCUUCCCACCUUGGUAUCAAAGAAGUCCCUUUGGGGGACGCGGCUCCGGAGCCUCCACAAUACGACGGCAUUAACCGAUCCACCGAUCCGAUGUAA